ACCGCCUGUAUGGGCAGGAUAAAGGGGGACCCCAAAAGGAGCCUCUGCAGAAUCUUUCGGGCUGAGUUAUUGGCUAAGUUUAGAAAGGUGCAAGCAGAAACAGAGAUCAGGGUUGUUCAAGGGCAGCUAAGGAAUAUUAAGAUUCAGGGAUUGUUGCUGUGAUACAGUCCACGAGAGUUGUAACUCAGACAUGACUCGUUACUGUAGUAUGUUGCGUCGCUGGCUCUCUCAUGACAGCCAGGGCGAGGAGGCCGACAAGGAGGAAGGCACAGCCCAGCAGGACAGUGUGGAGCUGGCAGAACAGCUGAAGGGGAUCGUGACUCGACUGUUCAGCGAGCAGGGGUUCUACCUGCAGAUGAGGCCGAACGGCACCGUCAACGGGAACAAAGACGAGAACAGCGACUACACCCUGUUUAACCUCAUCCCAGUGGGUUUGAGGGUGGUGGCCAUACAGGGGGUGAAGGCUGGACUCUACCUGGCUAUGAAUGGAGAAGGCUUCCUCUACACCUCAGAAGUGUUUACAGCAGAGUGUAAAUUCAAGGAGUCUGUGUUUGAGAAUUACUACGUCAUCUAUUCAUCAACGCUGUUCCGGCAACACGAAUCUGGCCGGGCCUGGUUCUUGGGCCUCAACAAGGAUGGUAUUGUGAUGAAGGGAAACCGGGUGAAAAAGACCAAACCAUGCUCACACUUUGUACCCAGACCCAUUGAAGUUUGCAUGUACAAAGAACCGUCGCUGCAUGAAAUUGAGGAGAAGCAACGCUCGCGCAGAGACUCAGGAAGUCCCACUAUGAACGGCGGCAAAGUGGUGGGCCAGGACUGCACAGAGCAAGACGGCUCAUAGCCUGUGGAACACCCCUGAAGGUGAACAAUUCUUACACCGUGUUCAAUAACAAAACCAACCACAAGAAUGAAACAAGAAUCCUUGCCUGUGAAAUAUUUUAGUUAAAAAAUAUGAAAAUAUUUUAAAUCAGGACAUGGAUUUUAUGCAAAAGCCUGCAGAGUGACUCCAGGAAGUUCAUUCUAUUUCAAGACAAACUUUACUUGUUUCUUCUCCCCCCCCCCCCCAUGUCAGAAUUUCACCAGUUGUUUUAUAUAUACAGUAUAUAUAUUAUAGAUGGCACUUUCACAUGCUUUUUGUGUUGUUGAAAUGAGAAGUAAUAAUACUAAUGUUAUUUAUGAAGACUUUUUUCUUCUAUCGUGGUUCGACAGUAUCAUUGUCGAGUUGGAGGGAGGUUCUGUAAAAGCUGAGAAAAAAACCAUGGGGGGGGGGGGGGGCUUAACAGACUGUGCAAUCGGAGCGGGCUGACGAGAGGUUCCAUGUAACUACACUUAAUGCUGCCACCAAAUCCCAAGAUCCCUGUAAGGUAACUUCAGAAAUUAAGAGCAAAGUGAAUGUUAUGAGGCUAUCCUUGG